GUGUCACUUAAGUUCAUGGAAGCAUGUACAGGAGGGCUGACAGUAGAAACUGAAACCCGGACCGUUUGUGUUGUGAGUCGGAGUUACAGCCCGACCCCUGGAAGCUGCUGGUUGGUUCUCUGGUCAGGGCAUCACUAUGGCAUCGUGGAUAUUUCAUAUGUAUGUGAUGGUGCUGUCUACCUUCAUCAGCUGCAGCCAAAGCAAGAGGGACAAAGUCCUCUACUGUUCUGCUUGUAAGGCGAUUGUGGAUGAGCUGAACUACUCAAUCAGUCAGGUGGACCCAAAGAUGACCAUUAAUGUAGGGAGCUUUAGACUCAACCCUGAUGGGACCAUGAGAGACAAAAAGGUCCCGUUCGUUCGCUCAGAAACGCACCUCAGUGAGCUCCUGGACGGGGUGUGCGACAGCAUGAGUGACUAUGCCCUCUACAUUGACCCGAACACCCACCACAAGCAGUACAGGAGAUUCGCUCCAAGAGUCAGUGGAUCCUCAGAAGACUUCCCAGACUUUGAAAACUUCAAGUUUGAUGGUCCGGAGGCAUCCAAUAACCUGAAAUUUGCUUGUGAGACGCUGGUGGAGGAACUGGAGGACGACAUCAUCUCUUUGCUCGGCCGGGAUGAGGGAGAUGUGCAGAAGAAGUUAUGCAGCCGAGUCUCAGAACUGCUCCCAACCCUUCCUGGGAAGCAUCAACAUGCAGAAUAAAUGGUUGGGUGAGAUCUGGAUACCCAAGGAUGGGAGGCUCAGUGAGUUUGUCAAUAAGUGUGUUUAUUGUCUCUUGAUGGUUCUGUGUCCAGUGAAUGGGAGUGUUUGAUGGGAGGUUACCUUUAUUUCUUGCAGUGUUGAUGUUCCGUCUGUCUUUUUGCUUUCCUGAUGGUGGAUUUUCAGGUUGAUUUUCCGGUGGACUAGCCAGAAGCUGGUAGAGGGGCUUAGCUAUUCUGGAGAAGUUGGGUAUAUAUGUUCGAUAAUAGGAGAGAAAUCCCAGCAUUUUUCUCAGAUCUCCUACAGUUGUGGGGGUUCUCUCCUUCAAAGUUUGAACUGGUGCCACUUCUGCUGGAUCCAUCGUGUAGCCCUCACCAGAGACAAGACGUCCCAGAAAUCUCACUCUUCUUUUGAACACCUCACACUUCUUUGGGCUCAGCUUCACUCCAUGCUUCUGGUAUCUUUGUAACACAGUUCUCAUGUGGUUGAGAUGAUCCUCAAAACUUGGGCUGUGAACUAAAUUGUCAUCCAGAUAGGGCUGGCAUAUCACAUCUCUUAAACCAAUCAGACAUUCCUCCAUGCUUCUUUGGAACUCUGCUGGGGCAGCACUCAAACCGAAGGGGAUUCUGAUCCACUGGUACAAACCCCAUGGUGUUAUGAAAGCAGUUAAGGGCUGACUUUUUUCAUCCAGAAACCCUUGAUGGUACGCCUUCCCCUGAUCUAAUACAGAGAACCAGGAGCUGCCAGUUAGAGAAUCAAGCAUGUCUUGGAUUCGGGGAAUAGGGUGGCGGUCAGGGACAGAUUUUUUGUUUAAUUCCCGGUAGUCACAGCACAACCUCAGACCCCCAUCUUUCUUUCUCACACAUACCACUGGUGAUGCAUAUGGAGAACGUGACUGAGUUAUCCAGCCUCUAUUCAGUAGAUCUUGAAGGUAUUCUUUAACUUCCUGAUGUAAUGGCUUGGGAACUGACAUAUAUGUUUUCUUCACUGGAGUAGUGUCAUGCAGAGUGAUUUGAAGUUUCAAAGAGGGAAUUAAACCUAUGUCACCUUCAUCAUAGGCGAAUGCAUGACACUCUUCUCUCAGUAUCUGUCUCACCGUCUGUCUUUGGCUUUCCGUUAAGUGGCUGAGGUCAACUGGAGGAUCCCACUGUGUUGGCUUCUGUUUUUCUGCUUUGCUGUUGAUAAUCAGGGACUGAGCUGCAGCUGGCUUUGUUCUGUGUGAAGGGUCAUCUUGUUGUUCACCAACAGUGAUGUUCAACUGUUGUGCAUUUACAGUAUAAGCUGUCUUUACUGCUUCUAGGUGCCCCAGGACUGCACGCUGAUGUAGAGUAACAUUAUACUUAUUGGUGUUGGAAAUUGGGAUUGAUACGAAUCCUGGGUUUUCUGUAGGAACUGUCAUGAGACCCUCCUGAACACUGACACCUUCUGGCAGCACCGAGUCCUCCGAGGGAACAAAAAGAAGGUCCUCUCCUCUGAACUGAGUUCCAGUAUUAACUUUAACAUGGAUGAUGGUGAUUUGUUCAGCUGCUAAUUUGAUUCGACUUCUCCCUGUGUGCACAAGACCCACAUCAACCUGACUAUCUGAUGUCUGAAUUAGUUUGACAAUUGUCUGUGCAGUUUGGACAGUGACAGCAAAGGCUCCACACACAUUUUGGAUGACUUCCGGUUUCCUGUGUUUAAGUGUGUUGUCUCCUAGCACUUCCUCUAUGACAUUGUAGCCAAUUAUUGGUUGUUGUGCCACACUGGAGUCACUUGACACAAGUACUGGUACCAACAGGGGUUCUGCUGAGAGUGAAUCUUUGCCCAGUCUAAAUUCCACUUCCACCCAGCCCAGAAAAGGAAUUUGUGUCUGAUUUGCUGCAAGCCCAAUAAGUGUAUCCACCUCCAGUAGUUCAUUCAGAGGUCUAACUCGCUGGUGUGGUAAGUGUAAUUGUCUCCAUUCUUCAUUAAUGAGACAUGCCUGGGCACCAGUGUCCCAUAAUGCUUCUACUGGAGUGGCAUCCAUCCAACAAUGAACAAUGCAUCUCUUACCUAUGAGGUUCAGAAGUUUCUGUCUGCUCCGUGGAUUCAUGUAGUGAGCUGUUGGGGUAGAUGAAAGUUCUGUAUGGGAGCCUGGUUUGUUUGUGGUGGGACUGAGUGUUUUGUGUGGGGCUACUGAGGGUCCCGGCCCAGCAGCCCUGUCCAGUUUCCCUGCUGUCCCCUGUUCUGACGGCAGCCUCUGGCAAGGUGUCCUCCUUGACCACACUUAUAACAGUGAGUGCACCUCUCCCCUGACUGUGCUUCUAGACAGGCUGGGCAACCUCUGGGUUUGCGGUAGCUGUGUGUGGUAGCUCUCUCUGUCUGAUGUUUCUUAGUAAUCUCCACUGUUUCCAACACCAGUUUCUUUAGUUCUAACAUUUCAGCCUUCAGUCCUUCGAUGAGUUUAGUUGUUCCUGCUUCCUGUUCUGUGUUUCGAUUUUUCUUGGCCCCUCUCAGUACAUCUUUGGUCAUCACUGUGUCCCCUAUCUCACUUGUGGUUGCAGCUUCUCCCAUGGAAGGAGGUUGAAACUCAUGUAUGCCUCCUUCAGCUCUCAGUUCAUUUAUUUUCGGGAACCUACUCACUGCACUUUUUCUCAGUUUUUUUUGUCUUUCUUGCUCUAAGUUUGCAGCUUCACUCACCCGCUCAAUUAGGACCUCAUCUGAUACUGCAGGAUUAGUCAGGUAAGGUUUUAGUUGGAAUUUUACUGCAUCGCUUAGCAGUCCGGUGUCUAUGGAACGCAGAAAUUUCCUUUGUAUCAGUUCUGGGCUGAAUUGUUCGCUUUCAUCCUCUUCUUUUGAUUUCCAGAGCAUUUUUUCUUUCAGUUCUAUAGCUCUAAAUAAGAAAUUCUGUGCAGAUUCUUUUGGAUCUUGUGAGAUGUUCAUCAGCUGAUGAAGGAGGUCAGAGGAAGAGUCCACUUUAAAAUGGCUUUUUAGGAUAAUUUUCAGAGUGGACAGUGUCAGUCCUCUUUUGAUUUCCAGCAUCUCUCUCAGGUGAAGCCCUGGGCUUAUGGCCCGUAUGACUGCUUCCAGGAUCUCAGUCUCUGAAUAUCCUUUCCUCUGCCCAGAUUCAAUUUGGUUGAUCAGGCUUGUAUAGGACAAUUUAUCCCUCUGACCAGCUUCUCCAAUCUGCCCACAAAUCCGAAACUCCCGCCUGAGGGUCACUUCUGGUAUGUGAGGUGAUGGAGCACAGUGUGGUUCAGUCUCCUCCAUAUGCAUUGUCAUGCUCAGUUUCUUCUCUAAAACCCCAAUUUCCUCCUCUAUGCGCUGUCGGGCUUUGCUAUGUUCUUCCUGGAAUUCCUUAUACUUGACUUUUAGUGAGUUUAAUUCACCUUCGUCAGCUUGUGUCUGUUCUGGUGUUCUGGGCUCAUCCGACGUCCAGGAUUCCAUGAAGGUGAUUAAAUUCUGGAGAAACCGUUGAAACGAUUCAGGUUCUUCCUCAUUUCCGAUAUCGUCCAGUGUGGUCUCUGCUAGUCUGAUGAGGGAACGCCGAGUUUGGCCAGUAAACCCUCCUGGAGGUUCAUCACUCUUGAGGUGUUUACAAACUAAAAUUAGCUCUGACUUCUCUAGCAUCAGCAGCGUUCUGCUCACUUCGUCUUGAAGCUGCUCCAUCGGUAGUUUCUCCUCCGUCUUCGGUUCGUCUCGUUUGGAUUAGUUACUUUUAGCUGAAACUCCUCCUGGGGCUGGCUCGCCAAAAAUGUAACGGUGACAAACAAUCAAAAGAGAUAUUGAGAUUGAGUCCGCAACAUUUUAAUUUAAUAAUUGUUACAAAGUAACUCCGUUAGCGGUCUCGUUCCUAACAGCCGUUAGAAAAAAAAGCACACUCGCCAACGUUCCACAACCGUCGUUACCUAGCAACGGCGGAGUGAUAUUGACCCCCUCCGCAACCACGUCAACCUGCGACACCACUAGUAAAUAACACACAACGAAACACAAAACAGUAUUAAUAAACACAAAACAGUAUUAAU